AUGUUAUGUUUAUUCUUUGGAUGGGGUUACAGGUUCACUGAACUCUUCUCCUCCUGCAGAAAUAGCUAUGAGGUGUACAAGGAAACAGCAGACUGGUUGCGUGCCCGCACUUCUCGGUGCCCAAAGAUUGCCAUCAUCUGUGGAUCCGGGCUGGGAGACCUGGCAGAUAUGCUGGAACACAAGAUGGUCUUUCCCUAUGAGGAUAUCCCUCGCUUCCCACGGAGCACAGUGUCAGGGCACGCGGGCAGGCUGGUGUUUGGGGAGCUGAGCGGGCGGCCGUGUGUCUGCAUGCAGGGACGCUUCCACUUCUACGAGGGAUACUCCAUCAGCACGGUCACCUUUCCCAUCAGGGUCUUCUUUCUCCUGGGGGUGGAGAUCUUGAUUGUCACCAAUGCUGCCGGGGUGAACCCCAACUUUCAGGUGGGGGACAUCAUGCUCAUUAGAGAUCACAUCAGCAUGUUUGGCAUGGGAGGGCAGAACCCUCUGCGUGGACCAAAUGAUGAGAGGUUCGGCGUGAGGUUCCCCUGCAUGUCUGAUGCCUAUGACCAAGAUCUGCUCAGCCUGGCGAUGGAGAGUGCGCAGGAGCUGGGCUUCCUGGGCUUCACCCGAGAUGGGGUGUACUGCAUGAUGGCAGGUCCCUGCUAUGAGACCAUCGCCGAGUGCCGCCUGCUGCAGGCCCUGGGAGCGGAUGCUGUGGGCAUGAGCACCGUGCCAGAGGUGAUCGUGGCCCGGCACUGUGGUCUGUGUGUCCUCGGGCUGUCCCUCAUCACCAACACAGCAGUGAUGAGCUAUGGCAGCCAGGAGAAAGCCAGCCACGAAGAUGUUCUGCGUGUCUCAGCGGGCCAGGCCAAAGCCCUGCAGAAGUUGGUUGUGCACCUGAUCGGCAAGCUCGGCCCAAAUUCCCCCUGACCUCAACCAUUUAGCAUCCGAACCACAGCGCAUGGAUGCUAGGAUGUGCCAAGGGAGAGCCCUUGGUGAGCCGGUCCCAUUCUGGUUUUCCAGUUUGGAACAGAUUGUUGGUUUCUCUUUCUGGUUGGGAUGGUCCCACUCUGAUGUCCCAACUGGGAGGAGGUGGCUGAGCUUUGGUCUCUCUGCUUUAGCUAGCUGGAUGCUGAGGUUUGCUUUGAAUCUUGCCACAAUGAUCCCCUUUUUGGUAGCCAGCUCCCUUGUUGGCCUAGGAAAGUCCUCUGCUGGCCUGUGAAAAGAUUAAGCUUUCCAUGAAGAAAUUGAACCUAGGACACAUCAGGGGCCACCAUGCUCUCAUUGUCAGCAUGCUGAUGGGCUAUGAGGGAAAGGUGACUGUUCCCCAUAUCAAUGCAUUAUUCAUUAUUCCCCAAAGGUCGGACCGUGGCUGAGAGUGAAGCAGGGGCUGUAAUUACGAGAUGACUUUUUACAUUCAUUUAUCUUGGAGCUCUGCAUCGAGCCCACCGCUGUCAGAGCCGCCUGCUCACCAAUGACACAGGCUGAACCCAGCAGCCCAGCUCAUUAUGGAGAGCUUCCAAUCUGCCUUCCUAAAUUUAGUGGAUCAAUUGCACGCCAGCGCUCUGUGCAGGCUUCAGCCCACUGUGACAUCCCUUUGGCUUGGGGCACAGAAGGAUGCUGUGGCUCAGUGAGUUUGUCUGGGCGGGUAUUUGGAGCCUUCUGUGUUGGUACCAAGGGAUGAUGCUGUGUUGGGAGUGAUGCAGAUGUUGGCACCACCAGAAUUAUAGGACGGUUUGAGAUGGAAAGGACCCUAAAGGCCAUCUGCUCGCACUUCCUGCACUGAGCAGGGACACCCACAGCUCCAUCAGUGCUCACAGCUCCUUGGCUGUCUGCAGGGAUGGGGCAGCACCAGCUCUCUGAGCAGCCAACUUUCCCCUCUCCCUUCUCAGAACCAUCCUAAUCUGUGCUUGUUUUGUUACAGGGCAGAGGGAGGUUGGCUAAUAUCCCCCUGCCUGGAAAAUGGUGCUUCAUGUUCAUCUAAUUAACACUUGGUAAAUACAAAGCCUCUUGAGUGCACGCAGAAGGCAGCUGUGCAGUUGGCCGUAGCUAAGGCUGGGAUUUCAGGUGGCCUCAUUAAUUAAGCAGCAUCAGGCUGGGCUGCAGUGUGCAGGGAGGCUUCCAAACAGCCCAUCUAGGGGAGAUGGGGGCCUGGGCUCCUCCAGCACCAUUGGCCCUCCCUGAGGGGCAGGUGGUGGGCUCCUAGGGUGGCUGCAGGGUGGGAUUUCAUGUAAGGAAGCUUUUAGGGUGAAGCCAUGUGUGUAGUUCCCAACAUCUACCAGAUGACUAAUUCUACCUUUGCCAAAUUGUUCUAUAGAAGUACUUCCUAGUCUAACUGUAGAUAGAUUAGGUUGGAAGGGACUUUAAAGAUCAUCUAGUUCCAAUCCCUGCCCAUCAAUCCAUGUUUAUGACCACUCUAGACCACAUCCCCAGGGCUCUUGGACAUCCCUGGGGGUGGUGACUCCCCCAGCUCCUUGUGUGCCAGUGCCUCACUGCUCAGUCCAAGAAGAAAUUUUUCCCAACACUCAAUCUGAAAUGAGGAGGGGGAGAGCCCUGGGAGUCAUGCUGCAGGGAGGGGGAGAUUUACCAUGAAUGAGAGGAUCCAUCUGGUUUUGAGGUGCUUUCAGCCCAACCACCUUUAUUGCUGAUGGGUUUCCAAAGGCACAACGACGCCAGGGGGGAAAUAAAGCUUGCUGCGAUCCUGGAAAUGGGGUUUUUGUGUUUGCUGUUCUGGUGCUGGGGGGUAGCAAGGAACCCAGCAGGACCUGAAUGGGUUCUGGGUCUGUUUCAGGAUGGGCAGGUGCCAAACCUGUGCUUUGCCCUCAGGUUAAGUGAACUCCAUCAGACAUUUCUCUUUACCCAAAAUCUGCCUUUGAACGGAGGGCUUUCUGGUUUUUCCCAUGGUCUUCACUGCAAGGAUGUGUUGCUCUUGGCCACAUCAUAUUGCAUCUGUCAGGGGUGAAACUUUAAAGGGAGAGGAAAGGAAAAGCAAUGGGGCCAGACCCUGCACCCCCAAACUCACUCCUCAAAGCUUCAGCUCCUCACACUCCAUUGCAUGCUAUGGACACCAGGGCUGCAUCCCUGCCCUGUGCCGAGCAUCCCUGCGUUCUUCCCGUCAUUAAUUAAUCACAUCCAUCAGCUGAGAGCUCUGGAUGUGAAUUAUCUUUUUCCACCCCUGUAGCCAUGGCAACACAUCCCGCCGGACAGCGGUGUCCAAAGCCCUGGG